UAGCUGCUGCUGUUUCCUACUUCUACGUAUCUUCCUGUUUCUGUUGGCGCGAUCCAACGUUCGUUGGUUUCGUUACUCUCCAUUCCUGUUCAUUCCUGUCUCGUUUCGCCGGCUUCAACAGUGAUUCGAGUUGAUUGAGAAGGGAAAAAUGGGUAAGGCAAAAGUGUGGAAGUACAAUAAGGAUCAAGAAGCAAAAAAACAGCAAUUGCAUGGAACAAAAGACGGUUCUGUAAAGAAGAACAAAAAGCCUAAAUUUAAAUCUACACCCACAGGCAAAGUAGCUUUGAUCAACAGUUCUAAGGAGCAGAACAAGUUGUCCCGGAAAAAUCUCCAGAAAGGCUUUGGCAAUGGGAACAUUCAGACAAACAUUUUGCCCAAGAAAGCAUCCAAGAGUAAUGGUAAUCAAUUGAAGCAAGGUUCUCCAAAUAAAAAACAUUCUCUGAGUAAAGCACAAAACGAUUCUAUUGCGGCUCAAAAGGAACACAAAAACGUUUUACACCCUAAAACCAAAAUGCACCAGUCACAUGAUGAGAGUUUAAUCAAAUCUGAUACCAUUGAUUUUGAGUCUGCUAGUUCGUCAGAUAUGGAAGAUUCAUUUAAUGAUGUACAAUCUGAUUCCGACAUUGCUGUCCCAGACAUUUUAGGACAGUCUUUAGCGGAUGAUUCAGAUGAAGAUGAUAAAGAUUUUGAAGAAGAGGAUGAUGAUAGCAAUGAAGAAGAGGAUGAUGAUAACAGCAAUGAAGAAGAGGAGGAGGAGGAGGAUGAUAGCAAUGAAGAAGAAUAUGAUGAUGACAGCGAUGAAGAAAUGGUUGAGCAUAGAGGUGUAAAGAUGUUUAAAGGUUUAAAAUCUAACAUCAAGAAGAAUGAUAUUGACGAGGAAGAUCAGGAAGAUGAUGAUGAUGACGAAGAUGAAAACAAAAGUGAUGAGGAUAUGGGAUUCGGUAAUGAAGACGAUGAUGACGAUGAAGAUGACGAUGAAGAUGACGAAGAUGAAGAGGAAGAGAAUGAUAAUGAUAGAAAACAACUACAAAAAAAAUUAGGUGAAGCAGAUUCUUCAUUGGAAAUUGAUGAAAGUGAUGAGAUUGAGGAUGAAGAUGAGGAUGAAGACGAAGAUAUAGAUGAGGAUGACGACAGCACAGACGAAGAGUUGGGUAUAGAGGCACUUUUAGGAAAAAGUAUUGCAGAUGAUGAUGAUGAUGAAGAUUUUAACGAGGAAGAUGAGGAUGAUGAAGACGAUGAUAUUAGUAGCGAAGAUGAAUAUAUUAGUAGUAAAGAUGAGAUGAAUGUCAUAAGAAAAGAGAAUGCAAAGAAGAAAACUGCAGAAGCUCCCAAUAAAAAAGGAGAAACACAAGGAUUGACUACAUUAGAGCACCUUUCUAAAAAGGAAGUGGAAUUGACAAAAAAAAUGAUUGCGAUUCAAAAUAUCCCCUCAAAUAAAACAGAAGAAGAACUAAGAAAAAUGUUUGGUCAAUUUGGGACUAUUGAGAGUUGUCAUUUAAAAUAUGACUCCAAAGAGGAAAUUUCAAAGAGUUCUAAAAACAAGGCAUUUAUUUUAUACAAGACUGAAAAAUCUGCACUGAAGGCAGCGAAGGCUAUGCAUGGAAAGAUGAUUGGUCCAAACUACUUGUUUGUACAGAAUCUUUAUAAAUAUGACCAAGAUAUCGAUAGGUCAAAAAUUAUAGCGAUACACAAUUUGAAAUCGACAAUCGACGUUAACAUGAUCUGGUCACUCUUUACUCAACAAUGUGGACCUGUGAAGUUCAUACAGUUGGUGCAUGAUGAACAAACUGGAUUGAGCAAAGGAAGCGCUGUUAUUUAUUUUGAAACUGAAGACGUUGCACGUUCCGCUUUUAAGUUAAACGGUUAUAAAUUCUCUGGACGAUCAAUAAAAGUGGAACCAUAUGAUGGUCCUAUUAGAGAUAAGGGAAGGAUCUUUGGUACAGGAACGUGGGGAAAAGAAUGUUUGAUGUAUCUCGUAAACAGAAACAAAAAAAGAGCUCUCUUGAAUCAGAAUGAUAAUAAACCAUUAAAAAAGUUUAAGCACAGUUUGGAGACAAACGUAGCAUAUAAUGUUGAAAAAAAUGUUAAGAAACAAAAGAAGCAGCAAGCAGAAAACAAGCAGUCUCCUACUAGCAGUUUAGGAUUUCAGGGUCAAAAAGUCGAUUUAAAAAACAAAAAGAAGAAGAAUAAACUUGAUAAGAAAAAGAAGAGGAUGGCAGAAAAACUCCUAGCUAAAUCCGGCAAAAAUUUAAACUAAUGCCGUGAUGUGUUUUAUUGAUUUUUUUACUAAUUUAUGUAAGAGAGACUUUUAAUAUUCUAAGAUAUCUUCCGCGCGUUUAUUUAAUAUUGAAAAGUAGUAAUAAAUAUUGGUUUGAAAAAAUGCUGUUUAGUAUAAAAAUAAGUAUUAUUUCAAAAGACACUGCCGAGAAUAGAAAUAAAUGACAAACGAAAAUAUACCUUCACACAGCAUGUAUAUAAAUAUAUUUUUCUUUAUAGCGUUAUAAUGUAA